AACCGGAGAGGCGGCAGGUAAUGGACAAUCUAGGUAGGUACUUAAGUAAUUUAUAGGGCUGCCUGGAGGGCUCAGCCCACUUUCACCAUCGCGUCUCCCCACCGUUACCUACCUACCUACCACCAGACUGCCUACCGCCUACCUGAGCAGCAAUUUUCCGAGUGUCUCAAUAUCAAAUCCAGAACCUUACUUUCCACCCAUUUUCCCAGAAAUGGUGUCGCUCGACACGUAGAUAGCUCAAUUCCCUUUCUCAUCAUCAUCGGCGAUCCCUCCAACCGCCACGCAGGCACCGACCGAUAGAUAGCGCCUCACUCGAUGACCAUCUCCCUUGUUGGAGCCCCUCGGGGACUCCGCGUCCUGCUCCCCGCGACUUUCUUCGUGCUACUCUUUGUCCUCGCUGGCUUUUUCCACAACACUGGACGGACCAGCCAGCUCCUGCAGACCAUAUCGUCAAAUCUACACAGCGGUGGUCAAUCGCAAGACGUGGACAAGGUUCCUCCCCGUCCUACUAAUACGCAUCCUCCGCCCAAGUACAAACCGACCCCGACCUUCGCUGUGCCCACCGUCACCGACCCCUUCCCGCUCUUGGCCACAUCGACUGAUGCACCACCUGCCAUCCCUCCCUAUAAUGUCCCAAAGCCUGGUCUCCAUCGCGACUAUGGCCUUUCCUAUAUGCCGCCUCUGUUCAUCGGCUUCACCCGCCAAUGGCCCAUGCUCCUGCAGUGUGUCGUUGGCUACAUCACCGCCGGCUGGCCGCCAGAGUCUAUAUAUGUCGUGGAGAAUACCGGUGUACAGAACUCGAACGCUGACGGGAAGCUGACGCUACAGAAUCCCUUCUAUCUGAAUCAUACCACUCUGAGCCGCCUCGGCGUCAAUGUGCUGCAAACGCCCGUCCUCUUGACCUUCUCACAGCUGCAGAACUUCUUCAUAUCCACGGCUACUUCCCGUCAGUGGCCCUAUUACUUCUACUCGCACCAAGACGUCCUAGUCAUGUCGUUUGAGGACGGUCCUGAUACCAUUAAACGGCCCGGUGACCGCGAUUGGUUCUUCUACGACGACCAGGAGAAAGCAGACAUUCUGCGCCCUGCAGCCGCUGGACACAAAGGUUAUAGAACCAUUUAUGAAAAUUGUUUACGAGAGCUCAACCACACGAUGGAGAACGAGAAGCGAUGGGCCUUUCGCUGGUUCCAGUAUGACCAUCUGACUUUGGUGAACCGCGGUGCGCUCGAUGCCGUUGGUGGUUGGGACAGUCUGAUGCCGUAUUACGGGAGUGAUUGUGACAUGAAUGCAAGACUUGAGAUGGACGGGUGGACUAUGCGACAUCGCCGAGUCGGCAUCAUAAACGACGUCUCAACCGUAAUGGAAGACCUUGCUGCGUUAUACAGAGACCCCGCAGUUGUCCCUCAGUUCACGGAUCCCAACCCUAUAUCCGAGGAAGAGUUGGAGCAAAUGGAACAGCCAGAAGGCGAGGCAGCUGAUAAGGGUGAGCCGACUGAAGAUGAUGGGGCUACCGGCGAAGAAGUGAAGCCCGAGGAGCAGGCCUUGGUUAAACCUACUGAGAGUUCCAUCGACAAGUCGGCGGAAACACCUGCGGCCAAGCCCGUAGAGAGGCGAGAAGCUGAAAGCUCCGAAAGCUCCAGUUUAUCAGGUAUCGCCCACGCUAUGGAUUACUUUCGUGCCCUUCUCAAGGUCGCCGAUGAUAUGGGAGCGUACAAAUAUCGGAGCGAUAACAAUGCUCGCAAUUCUUGGCAAGCUAGUCAGCAUGGCGGCGUUGGCGAGCCUUAUUAUUACAAUGCGGAUGGCUUCGCUAAGUCAUUCUGGAUCUUGACAGAGGCUGGCCGUGAAGUAUUCCGCGAGAAAUGGGGUCACCGGGACUGUGAUCUCGUCAAGGAAACGGCGCUUCAACUUGACGAUCAAUGGCGCGUGGAGAAAGACUGGGAAGAUACCCCGUCAGACUCCUAGGGAUGUAAUGAGUUGAAUGUAUUAAUUUUUGCAUUGGGUUUGUCAUGGUCGGCGUUGGCAUAAACUAGAAGGUUUGGUAGGCGGGGUUUUUACGCUCCUAGUGUGAAGCUUGGAGAUUUGUAUAACAAAGUGUACUCUUUUGAAACUUGGGAAUCGAGAGUAAUUAGGUGGGCAAGAGAGAGAACAAGACAGAUAAUAGUAAGAUACCCUAUCAAGUGGAAGUGUAAGAUGAUAAUAGAUUCUUAUCUAUCCCUUAGGAUUUUGCGUGACCGCUUGGCUGUUGCUUGUUGGCUAUUGCGACUGCGCAGGGGAUCCCUGGGCGUUUCUGGUGGGGUUGAGUAGGGAAGUGGUAGGUACUCAAAAGGGAAUAAGUUGCAAUAACAUGUCUAUC